CCAAUCUAAAUAACUGGUGAAAUUUUCAAGUAUCUACGUCUUAGAUUUUUUUAAUAAUAAUAAAUAUUUAAAAUCGUUUGAGGAUAAAUCGUUAUUGUUAUGCAAUGUCGUAAAAAUUUAAAAUUCAAACGCACAUAAAAUUUUUCCUAUAAUGAUAUUUCGAGUUUUCUUUAUAGCAUUUUGAAGGAAAACUUAUGGAAAACUUAGUGUUGAAUUUUUUAAUCUAGAUAUUAACACAAAAUUUUUUAUGAUUUUUCAACUAUAAAAUUAAUUACAAAUUUUCUUGAUUUUGACAUAUUCGUAAAAAUUUGAACUAUAACGCUUAUAAAAAAAUUGUGAUUUACGAUUUACGAUUUUUUUUUAACUACUGUUAAAACUGUAGAACAACUAUAGAACAACUCAUAAGGAACUUUAUGUUGCAUUUUCAAGUUUUUAUAGUCAACCAAAAUUUUUUUAUCGACACUUCAAAAAAAAAAAAAACAAUUAGAAAAAUCGAAAAUUUCAGUUGUCUAUGAAGGGUUUAAAAAGGCAAAAUAUUUUGAAAAUUUAACUGUAUGUAGAUAGCACCAUUAUAAACAUUUCGUUAAAAUUUUAAGUAUUUACAGAGAAAAACAAAGAAAACAAACAUCAUUGUAAAAUCAAUACAUUCAUUACUUCAUUCAGAAUCUAAAUUAAUAAAAACAAUGACAUAUUAGGUAUAUUAAAUUUAUAUUUUUUGAACGUUUCAAAUGUUGUUAGGUAGCUAUUACCUCAAAAUUUAAAAAUCCUGCACAUCAUUAAUAUUGUUAUAUUAUGUUUUGUAUAUCAUGUAUAAAUAUAUUUUCCUAUAAUAAGUACUGUAAUGGAUAAGAUAAAGUAUGGUUUAGAUAAAAAAAAAGAUAAUAUUGAUAGUUAGGUACCGUAAACAUUAUACCUAUUUUGUAUCACAUACUUUCUCAAUAUUUAUCAAUACAUUUUUAAUAGUCUUAGUAUUUCAUCAAAUCUCUAGUUAUUCGAACGUAUAAUAUUUUAUUUUAUGUUAAUUGUUAGGUACAAACUCAAGUUCAUAAAUUUAUAGUUACAUAAUUAGGUAUGUCUAUUAAAGUCAAUUAGAACAAAAUAUUACUGAUGAAAUUGUUGAGCUUUUCAACAAAGAUGAUAAUUGCAAUAUUUUUGAUGAAAUUAUUACUUUUAAAAAAAAAAAAAAAACAAUAAUUAUUAUUAUUAAUUACAAGUUACUACAUAAUGUAAAUAAUUUAUUCAAGGAAUAUUAUCGUUAUUUAUAUUAUAUUAUUCUAAAUCUAAACUUAAUUAAAACGUAUAAAUAUGUUUUUGAACCAUAGAAUCUCAUUCCAACAGCUAUCAGCUAUAAGUGUCCAUAGUGUCAUUCCCAUAACAUAUCUUUUGCCACACCCUACAACUUCCACUAAAUCACUGAUGGGUAGGUAUUCACACCAGCAAUCUCAUCUAUAGAAAUAUUUUUUUCACAAUUAACAAAAAAUACAAAUUUAUUUUAUAAUAAAAUGCUAAGCAGAAAAAUCAAAAGUCAAAUAAUAACAUACUUGUAAAGCUUUAAUUGUUCAAAUUUAAACAACACUUGAUCCAUUACACCAGACCAAUAAAAGUCUCUGUUAAUUUUCUUACUACCUAAACAAAAAUAAUCGUAAUAUAAUAAAUUGAUAUCCGUUUGUAUAUUUUUUCAUAUUGAUCAUACUAAUUAAUAUACUAUCAUACUAGCUGAACCUGUGCACUUCGUGGCCCGUAAAAAUCCUACCUCUUAUAUAUCUCAAACUGUGUUUUAAAUUCGUUACCCGUGAUUGUGAUAGCAGUAUAUUUUUAUUCAUAUCCAUUAAUUUAUUCAUAUAACGGUUAAAAUAUAUUAAGUAAUAAUCUUACAACGAUAUUCAAUUUAGUAUAUCAUUAUAAUAUUAUAUAUUUAUAUAAUUUUAUUCAUUUUAUUGAAAAAAGUCUGACAAUUAAAAUAUUCAAUUAAAUUAUAUUUAUUGAAGUGCUUCUGAAUACACAAUAUUUUUUGUUCUUUCUUCUAGUGCGUACACACAGGGCCAGUGCUAGCAAAUUUUUAUGUGUAAGCAAAGAUCAAAAUUGUCGCCUCUUGUUUUCUUAUUUUUUUUUAUAUGCCGCCUGUAUAUAAAUAUAAAUUUUGCCACCGUAGACUAGUGCCUACGUCGCCUACGCUUAAAACCGGCCCUACGUACACAAAUAAAUCUGACUUGUGAACAUGCCACAUACAGCUGUCCAUGUAAGAAACAUAUCCAGCAUGUGAUGGAAGAUUUUCCAAAUUCAAUCCACACACUUGUAAUGAUUAUACUUGUGCUUUGUUAAUGGUCAUUGCAAAGGCGUGACUACUGUACUCUUUCCAUUGUUUGUUCUAAAUAUUGUUCUAAAUAUUGUAUUAAUAAUUUAAAUAUCUAAUUAAUAAAUUAAUAUUUAAUAUCAUAAUGAUUUUAGACUCCGAUUCAAUGAGAUUUAUUAAGUUAGUAAAUAAGAUUCGCAUAAGGACGUUAGUUAAUUUAGCUAAAAUGUAUUAACACAUAAACUACGUACCAUAUUUAAGUUUAUUUGUUGUGAGACUAACUUUAUUUAGAUUUAAUAAAUAAUAUUAUGAUUGGUAGGAUUAAAAUUUAAAAAUGAUUAAUAUUGAUUAAUUUAUAUUAUUUAGUGAAUUAGUAAAAUUACCAAGUAUUUAAACAGAAAAUUUAAUCUUGUUUAACAUUAGUGAUUACAUAUUUUUAUAAUUUAUUAUAUAAAUAUUAAAUACUUUUAAAUAUUUAUUUUUAUUUUCUAAUAUUUAUUAUAAAAAUUUAAAAUAAUUGCAAUGGAUUUUAUUAUAGUAUUAGGGGGAUGUAGGGCAAAACCUCUCACAGAUCUGUGUACCAUUAAUUACUCCAGCAUCCCCUAAAUUUAUAACCAAUGUGCGCCUAUGUCCCUACAACUAACCAAGUCCCUGGAACUUUUCCUGCGGUGAGCCAGGACACAGCGAACACCAGUCAAUCACAAGACAGGGAAAGUUUGCGCACGCACUACGCAUUGUUGUUUUUAAAACUGCUGCGGAUCAGCUAAAGACGUUGAAGCAAACGUGAAUCGUGAAUAGAUACUCGUUUAAGUACGCAUACAUCCCGCUGGUUGGUGUAGAGCGGUCGAAUUGCAAUUAAAAGGAACGGCUGGUAAACGGUUGUACACUUCUUUCAAAGUUCUCGACCUAUUCUGGUAAGAAUUUAGGGUCAAAUUUUUCGAAAAUGUCAACGAUUACGAAAUUUAAUCUCAAUUGAGACACCCUGUUUUUUGUGUUUUUUGUUGGGCAAGACCGCGCUCAACUUCAUUCUUACUUAUCUACGUGGCUAAUAUCAAUCAAUUUGAGUAUAUCAAAAUAUUAAAUAACUACUAUGAUAAAAAAUCUUUACAAUCGAUCGAUACAUUAAACAAUUUUCAAAAAAAAAAAAAACAAAAACAAAAAUUAUAUGCUGAUAAAUAUACAAUAUCGAUUUGAUAUUUUUUAAAAUCAUUAAUGACUAAAUUUAAUUUUACAUAAGUACGAUUAGGCCAAAAAGAACCUAAAAAAAUUGUAUUAUACUACCUUCUUCCAUUGAUAAAGAGAGAUGAUUGUGCAUUAUUCAACAAGUGUGCACACUGUAAUGAGGUGAACUCAACUAAGACCACCACGCCUUCGUCUGGUUAAAUACUACACAGAGAACACAUUACCUCUUAAAUCUAAGAUUUGACUCAUUUCACAGUAACAUUUCAGUGUAAGGUGAAAAUUACUUAUAGUUUUGUUUUUGAAUUUAAUUCUUAAUUAUAAUAUUUAAAAAUACUUAAUCAAACAAUUUAUUAAGAUUUGUUAAUUUAGUUCAAUUAUAUAUUAAAAUUAUACUUGCAUUACCUUGACAGUUUUUGUUUGUACCUCAAGUUUUCUUAUCAAACAUGGAAGCUAACAAAGGGGAAACAAGCAGACAUUUAUUCAUUGGCGCUUUAAGCAAGCAGACAACGGAUCAAUCCUUCCGACAAUUUUUUGAGCAAUGGGGUGAAGUCGAAAGAGCUGUUGUCAUAAAAUAUCCUCAAAGCAAUCGAUCUCGAAAAUUUGGAUUUAUUACUUAUUCUCAAUCGCAUAUGGCUGAUCUUGCUUUGUCAAACUUGCCUCAUAGAAUAGAUGAUCAUAAUGUGGAUACUAAAAUCGAUGAAAUAAGAGCAGAAAGAGAGAAACAAAACAGACUAUUAUACGUUUGGGAUUUAGAUAAACAUACAACAAGUCAAUCACUUAAAAAUUUUUAUGAACAAUGGGGUAAAGUUGAGUCAGCUGUUGUCAAGAGAGACUCUCAAUCAAAUGAAUCUCGAGAAUUUGGAUUUGUUACUUACUCACAAUUGUCUAUGGUUCAGCAGGCCAUGUCAAAUUUGCCUCAUAUAAUCGACGGUCGUGAAGUUCAAAUCAGGAUUGCUCAAUUUCCCAGCAAAUUUAAUUAUUUAAAAAGAGCGUUUGAUGAAAAUAAAAUAUAUAUUACUGGUAUAACAAAUCAAUCAAAAGCAGAACUUAUUGAAUAUUUUGAAAAAUUUGGCAAGAUCAUGUAUUUAAAAACACUUACUAACAAAUAUACUGGUAAAAUGAAUGGAAUUGGAUUUGUUGAGUAUGAUUCCAAAGAUUCAGUUGGCAAAGCUCUUUCGAUCGAAGGUCAUCAAAUUGGCAGUGGAAUAUUGUAUACGGAAAAAGCUUUUAGACGUAAAAUUUAUGAUCCAAGAGAGCAACGUCCUACUGAAAAAAGCUACAGUCGCUAUAACUUGGGAAUCAAUUUUCAAAAUAAUCAAUGGGGAGGUUUCUAUAACAAGAUAAAUGCAUUUUAUUCAUUUUAUCCAUUUUAUCCAUUUUAUCCAAUAUAUCCAAUUUAAUUUAAAUUUACGGUUGAACAUUAAUGAUUUAUUAUAAUAUAUAUUGUUAAAAAUAAUCCUGAUUCUACAAAUAAAUUCUAUUCAUAAUUUUUAAGUGU